UUCUUUUUUUUUUUUUUUGAGUCGAUUGUAAUAUAUUAUUAAUAAAAUAAUGACUACAGCUAUUCCUUUCCCUUUACGUGAACCUCAAAUCAAAGAUGACGAAAAACCAAAGCCUUUUCAACCUAAUCUUAAUAUUAGAUUAAUCUGUCCUGACUGUAGAGUUGAUCCUCCACAAAUUGUAGAAGAAUUCGCCUCAGGUGAUCUUGUUUGUGGUGAUUGUGGUUUAGUGCUUGGCGAUCGUAUCAUUGAUACUAGAUCUGAAUGGAGAACGUUUGCCAAUGAUGAAGGCGAUGAUCCUUCUCGUGUUGGUGCUGCAGCAAAUCCAUUACUUGAUGGUAAUCAAUUAGAUACAGUGAUAUCCAGGAGAGAUGGUGGAACAGGAGCUGCGAAAGACUUGAAUAAAGUUCAUGGUCGUGCCACUGCAGUUAAAGGCGAACGUAAUCUUGUUCAAGCCUAUAAGGAGAUUAGUGCUAUGUGUGAUUCAAUUUCAUUGUCAAAGAUUGUGAGUGAUACAGCUAAGCAACUCUAUAAACGAGUGGAAGAUGAGAAAUUAUUACGUGGUAAAUCGAGCGAUGCCAUCAUUGCUGCUUGUAUCUUUAUUGCCUGUCGUCAAGAAAAAGUAGGUCGUACAUUUCGUGAAAUUUGUGCAUUAACACGCGUCCCAAAGAAAGAAAUUGGUCGUUGUUACAAGUCACUACAAGCCAAAUUACAAACGAAUACAUCGAUUAUGAAUUCUGAAGACCUUAUGCUUCGUUUCUGUUCAAAUCUUCAAUUACCAAAUUAUGUACAAAAGGCUGGUAUUGAUUUAGUGAAACAUGCUAAAGAACAUGGCACACUUGCUGGCAAGUCACCUAUUUCUGUAGCAGCGGCUUGUAUCUAUCUUGUCUCUUAUCUUUAUCGUCAACCUAAAUCGACUCGUGAUAUUGCUCAUGUUGCAGGUGUAUCUGAAGUCACCAUUAAAAGUGCUUAUAAAUCCCUUUACGCUGAGCGCUUUAACUUGGUUCAUCUUGAAGAGUUAAAGUCAAGACCUAAUGGUGAAGGUUUAAGUUUUGAAGAUCUUCCUUUACCUUAAACACUUUCUCCUUUCUUACACACACACACACACACACACACACACACACACACACCCUUAAAUAUAUAUAUAUAUAUAUAUGUGUAUACACAUAUACACAUAUAUAUUUAUACUUGCAUAUAAUACAUA